AUGCAGGCGGAGCGAGGAGCUCGAGGCGGCCGAGGACGCCGACCCGGCCGCGGCCGGCCUAGCGGGGAUCGCGACCGCGAGCGGGCGGGCGCCCCGGCGGCGGUGGCGAGAGGCGGCGGCGGGGAUGGAGGCGGCCGCCGGGGCCGCGGCAGGGGCUUCCGGGGCAGCCGAGGAGGCCGAGGAGGAGGAGGUCCGCGAGGCGGCCGCCGAGAGCCAGGAGGCCGGGGCGCCGGGGCCAGUGCGCCGGUCGAAGAUGACAGUGAUGCAGAGACCUAUGGAGAAGAGAAUGAAGAACAGGGACAUUAUUCUAAAAGGAAGAUAGUUUCUAACUGGGAUCGAUAUCAAGAUACUGAAAAAGAGGUCGAUAAUGAAAGUGGAGAAUCACAGAGGGGGACAGAUUUCAGCGUUCUCCUCAGCUCUGCAGGGGACUCCUUCUCACAGUUCCGGUUUGCUGAGGAGAAAGAGUGGGAUAGUGAAGCUUCCUACCUCAAACAGAAUUCAGCAUUUUAUGUGGACUGUGAGUCAUUGGUUCGAGCCCUUCAAGAACUGCCUCUCUCACUCCGACUCAAUGUUGCUGCUGAAUUGGUCCAGACUGCCCUUCCUUUAGAGCUUCCUCAGGUGAAACCAAAGAGAAAUAAUGAUGGCAAGGGACUAGGGAUGCAGUUGAAGGGGCCCUUGGGGCCUGGAGGAAAGGGGUCCAUCUCUGAGCUGAAAUCUGCUGCCGCUGGCUGCCCCAUGUACCUGGGUAAAGACAGCCUAGGACCGGGCCCUUCCAAGUGGUCUCAGAACCCCGCUUCCCCACUGCAGUCGGCAGCAGACGAUUUGGAAGAACUAGAUCUGCUGCUUAAUUUAGAUGCGUCUGUAAAAGAGAGAGGUGACAUCUUAGCAGACCAGACAGCUCAGGACCUGGAAUCUGAGAAAGAUGAGGAGGUGGCCCAAGAAGAAACAGAUCCUGCAAAACCGUCUGCGUUGGAAGGAAAGAACGUGGCAUCUGAGCAACCAAGUACAUCCAGAAAUGUUACUGAGGAAGAGCUUGAAGACUGGCUGGACAGCAUGAUUUCCUAA